CCAUCAAAAUCUGGGACGAUAAACCAAGCGCGAGGCAUGUCCAUGGCAGCGAAAUGCGAAACAUGCUCUUGGUAAUGGUGGAAAGUUCAUGUGUUGUGUAGAAAUUCAAUUCCGAGGAAGUUGAAACCGGAGAAUCGUUUUGUUGUAUCUUCGAGGGUAGAUUCGAAGUAGAAGGAGAAGAUCAUGGCUUCAGAUCCUAAGCUGAUGCCUGAGAUCGGGCCUGAUGGCCUCGCGAGAGAAGCACCUGUAAUCGCCUACACAGAGAGGAUGAUCGAGGAAGAGCAGCUUCAAUUGAAGAAAUACAUUGAGCAGAAUUAUUCCAAAAUAAGGGAUGUUGAAAGAGAACUCUCAAAUCUUACGAUGGAGAUGAAACUUACUGCUGGACCUAAGAAGGCAGCACUGGAACUCUUGAGAAAGAAAAUUGAAGUAUCAAAUGAAAAGAUUCGUGCUGCCAAGCAGAGAGAAGAACAAGCACGUAAGGCGUAUGAAGCAGCAGCAAAAGCUGUGAUGGAUGAGGAAGCAGUGAAGCAUAAGCUUUCUGAAGACUUAAACAGUCUGGUGCAAGAAAGCAGUAAUGCACAGUACGCCAGACUCGAGGAAUUGAAAAAACGACUGGAAGCACUAAAUCCAAGUAGAGCAUCUGUCUCUAUUCCACAAGUCGGGAAUCAAGAGAAUACGACAUCUACAUCUACAGUAACUAGCUCAGUGGCAUCCGGCACUACCCAAACUCAUUCUGGAAAUGCACAAAACCAUGGUAAAGGCGGAGGAACACAGGCUGUGAGCGACCAGGAACAGAAGCCACCAAUGGCAGAGGGAGAAUCCAAAGCGAAAAGGAAAACUCAAAUCCAGGGAAAGGGUAGAGGACUCUUAGCCAUAGGCAAGGGAAGAGGGACCUCGGGUUCGGGUUGGACAGGUGCCGGAUUCGACGUGGAUGGCAGAACCUGAAAUAUUAUUACACGUCCAAAAGCCCGCAUCUUUAUAUCUGUUCACCGUGCUCACUCAUCUCAGGUACACUAUUUCCAUCCUCUACAUGUCUGGUUGGCCGCAAGGCUUCAGAGAUCUCUUCCUGUAUACUUGUCAUCAUACAUUCAAAAGAGAGGGAAAAAUAAAAUGAAAUAAGGCAGUUAUGUUAUGUUUGGCUUAGUUGGUAGGAACAUCUGAACCUGAAGUGUAGGAGUUGGUUCUUCCCCAUCCGAGUUAGGGUUCUGUCUUUUGGGGUGAAGAGAAUAUUCAUCUCUCCAGAGCAAUACACCCAAUUCUGGAGAUUCUAGUUAUUCAGUUUGCUGUAUGUCGUCAUCUAACAAAGCAAUUCCUCAUUUUUGUUU